CUGAAAGGCAAAGGGUGCGUUGCACUGCAGGAGCUCAUCUCUAUUGUCGUUAUAUCAGCUGUAAGUUGAGUCUAUGUUCUGUGAGCGAGUACUUUCCUCAUUCAUUCAUCCCCCGGCUUGAAGCUUGCUGCAUCUCCAUCCCUCGUCUGCCUCAUCGUCGCCAAGAUCUUGUUUCUGCACCCCAAGUGUACGAAAACUCAUGCGUGUGAGGACGCAGGUAGACUUGCUCGAUAUGGCAGACGCCGACCACCGAGCCGCGUUCCUGCGAACUUUGGCCGAAGUUGACGAGAAAGGCCGGCAGACGGCUCUUGCGCUUUUCGCUGCUAUUCACCUCAUACCAACCGGGGCAGAGGUCCUAGCCGAUGUCAUCAAUAACUUGUUUGCCAUUGUUGCUCCACUUCCACUCCUCAAAAGGCUACUCGAGGACAAUUCCCCCUUCCCCGGCACUGGGCUAGGAGAGCUCUCGGUGUGCUUUGAGACGUGUCAGUAUGCCCUAUCAAAGGCUGAAUCUAUUGUGCGUGAUGUGGACGCAUCAAUCGCAUCGACGGUGGAGAGUCCUGUAAUCCCUCCCGGAGAAAUCGAGAGCAUCAGGAACAUUCUCUGCGGGUGCUUCCAUGAUAUGAUGGUGAUCAUCAGCUCCGCCAGGGUGGAGCGGCUCGAAAGUUCCAGUUUUGAGAGAACGGAUGACGACGUUCGUGAGAGUCGCCGUUUGCGUGAAGCACUAAAACAACGCGAAUGGCCUCAAUGGCCAAUUACUCCUGAUUCACGCCUCACGCCACCUGGACCCGUGGUCAUAAAUAACCCAGUCAAUCCUUUCGCCCCCCUCUCCACGCCCUCCCAAGAACGGGACGUCCUUGAGCUCCAACACCCUCGCGGCUUUAGGGGCAGAUACGGCCAUCCCGACUACCCCUGGCUUCAUAAGAAAGCAGCCAUCCAGCUUCAACCGGCGGACCCUGUUCUGCACUUUGAGAAAAGCUUCGAAGAGUGCGAGCUUGAGCGAUACAAGCUAAGACAACAAGGACGGUACCCUAAUAUCGCCGCAUUCGGUAUCUGGCCGCCCACCUUUAUUCAACCAAAUUCCAUCCAAGACUACCAACUCCGACCAGCUAUAACAGAGCUUGUCAAGAACACAGAGCAUGAGCGCGCCGUCCAAAAAGAGGGACUUGCUCUUCGCUCUCAAUUCACUUCUUCAGGCAGUAAUACCUACGAUACCACUGCGUCCACCGUAGCAUCGCUAGCAAGCGAGGCGGUCGUCAACACUCCCGCCUCUACACGUGACAGCACACCUACUGUCGACGCGGAGAAGGACGCUACUGCAAGUAGCUUUAAACCAGGCAGUUGUGAGUCCAAGACAGAGUUGGCUGUGCAGGAAACUUCAUUGAAGGAUGCUUCGCUGGCAUUGGGAACAACUGCUAAACCUAUUGGUGUGACGGGAAACACUUCAAGCGAUCCAGCGGAUAAUUGUUCGGAUGAUACACCAUCCAGUACUAGAAAAUCCGCACCUAAGCCUACCUUCUCAUUAUUUUGUCCAGUAUCUAAAGAUCCCAGCCCACUUCCAUCCAACUUAGCUCCAGCGCACAAUUCUUCGGCUGCAGCCAAGGCCAGUCCUUCACCCUUUGGCCUUCAAGCUCCUUCCUUUGGCGUGACUGCAGCCCCGAGCAUGUUCGGUGGACGCUGCACAUUGCCACAACCACCGCCUAAGGAUUGGCCACCCAAGAUUAUGGAGGCAUACCUCCUGCGACCGCUUUGUGAGGAUGUCCAACUUGGCAUCGAAUGGACCUAUGAUGUCAAGCAACUCCCUCUUCACGAGAAGGGCAUUCGAGCACAUGUGCGGGCAUUGGGACCGGACUACUCCGUCAUCGAUGCAUUGGCCGAUUUGUUGCCAGAACACCUUCGCCUCAUUCAGAUCCGUGUAAAGAAUCGGCAUGGUCACCUGAGGUCUGUUCGAUUGACUCGUGCGACAGAUAUGGUGACUAAGAUGGGAACGUUCAAGGUACAGUCUGUCAUCUUUGUGUUGGAGACGUCCCAUCCCUCAGGACUGGAGAAUGAUGCUAGUGCUGCACCUACAAAUCCCCCGCUAGGCGGACUAUUCGGUCUCCCCGACCAAGGCAACGAUUCAAUCUUUAGUGGAUUCGGCCAAAACAACAGUACAGGCUUUAGGGGGUUCGGCCAAAACAACAAUACAGGCUUUAGGGGGUUCGGCCAAAACAACAAUACAGGCUUUAGGGGGUUCGCCAAAACAACAAUACAGGCUUUGGAGCGUUCGGCCAAAACAACAAUACAGGCAUUGGGGCGUUCGGCCAAAACAACAAUACAGGCUUUGACAGGUUCAGCCAAAACAACAAUACCGGCUUUGGUCAGUUCUGUCAAAAUAAUAACACUGGCUUUGGGGGGUUCGGCCAGAAUAACAACACGGGCUUUGGCGGGUUCGGCCAAAAUAACAAUACGGGCUUUGGUGGGGUUGGCCAAAAUAACAACACUGGCUUUGGCGGGUUCGGCCAAAAUAACAAUACGGGCUUUAGUAGAUUCGGCCAAAGUAACAAUGAGGAUAGCUUGUUCGGCCGUCCAGGCCGGAAUAACAACGAAGGAGGGCUUUUUGGUUGUCCACCUCAGAACAAUAACAAUUCUGGACUCUCUUUCGGCAACCCGCAGUACAGCAACUCUGGAGGACUUUUUGGUCAACUAGCCCAGUCUAGUCAUGGUGGAGGCUUGUUUGGUAAUCCUCCCCAGAACAGCAGUGGUGGAGGCGUGUUCGGCAACCCUACACAGAACAAUACUGGUCGAGGCUUGUUCGGCAGCCCGUCCCAAAACAAUACUAGUGGAGGCUUGUUCGGCAACCCUGCCCUCAACAACUAUCGUCAGAGUCUCUUUGGCAAUCAGACUAACAAUGGCGGAGGAAUCUUCA